CCUGGUUUGGAAAACACUACCCACCUUCUGCGCAUACCUCAUGGACCACGUGAUACAUCCGGGGCAGAGCUGAUUGGCCCAGGGGUGGAAUACCUGACCAAAGCGAACCAAUUGCUAACCAAUUUGGAAUUGGCCAUUCAGCCAGUUAGGAGCAGGAAGCUGAACGAGAGACAGAGUAGGAACAGGGUUGGGGUGUGAGUCACAUGCAGCCCAAGGAAUGGAGAAACAGAAAAGCCCUGAGUAAGCAGAGAUUGGUCCACAGAGACAAUGGAGCAGCUGCACCGACGGCUGUGCAGCUGGGAGAACAUGCAGCCUAGGGAGGAGAGGUGGAGAGACGGAGCGACCGCCUGAGAGCCCAUGGCUUCCCGGUUCCCGGGUCCAGCCCCCGUGCGACCUGCCUGCGCAUCCUUCCCAGUGUUCAAGAAGGCGAGCCCCAAUGGAAAGCUCACCGUCUACCUGGGAAAGCGGGACUUUGUGGACCACAUCGACCUUGUGGACCCUGUGGAUGGUGUGGUCCUGGUGGAUCCUGAGUAUCUCAAGGAGAGGAGAGUCUAUGUGACACUGACCUGCGCCUUCCGCUAUGGCCGGGAGGACCUGGAUGUCCUGGGCCUGACCUUUCGCAAAGACCUGUUUGUGGCCAACGUGCAGUCCUUCCCGCCGGCCCCCGAGGACAAGAAGCCCCUGACGCGGCUGCAGGAGCGUCUGAUCAAGAAGCUGGGCGAGCAUGCCUACCCCUUCACCUUUGAGAUCCCUCCAAACCUCCCAUGCUCCGUGACGUUGCAACCAGGGCCUGAAGACACGGGGAAGGCCUGUGGUGUGGACUAUGAAGUCAAAGCCUUCUGUGCUGAGAACCUGGAGGAGAAGAUCCAUAAGAGGAAUUCUGUGCGUCUGGUCAUCCGGAAGGUUCAAUAUGCCCCAGAGAGGCCUGGCCCCCAGCCCACAGCCGAGACCACCAGGCAGUUCCUCAUGUCGGACAAGCCCCUGCACCUGGAAGCCUCCCUGGACAAGGAGAUCUAUUACCAUGGAGAACCCAUCAGCGUCAAUGUCCAUGUCACCAACAACACCAACAAGACUGUAAAGAAGAUCAAGAUCUCGGUGCGCCAGUAUGCAGACAUCUGCCUUUUCAACACAGCACAGUACAAGUGUCCCGUUGCCAUGGAGGAGGCUGAUGAUACUGUGGCACCCAGUUCAACAUUCUGCAAAGUUUACACGCUGACUCCCUUCCUGGCCAAUAACCGAGAGAAGCGGGGCCUUGCACUGGAUGGGAAACUCAAGCAUGAAGACACGAACUUGGCCUCCAGCACCCUGUUGAGGGAAGGCGCCAACCGUGAGAUCCUGGGGAUCAUUGUUUCCUACAAAGUGAAGGUGAAGCUGGUGGUGUCUCGGGGCGGCCUGUUGGGAGAUCUUGCAUCCAGUGAUGUGGCUGUGGAACUGCCCUUCACCUUAAUGCACCCCAAGCCCAAAGAGGAACCUCCACAUCGGGAAGUUCCAGAGAACGAGGCGCCAGUAGACACCAAUCUCAUAGAACUUGACACGAAUGAUGACGACAUUGUGUUUGAGGACUUUGCUCGCCAGAGACUGAAAGGCCUGAAGGAUGACAAGGAGGAAGAGGAGGAUGGCACCGGCUCUCCACACCUCAACAACAGAUAGACUGAGGCGGCCCACGCCCCCAGCUCCAGGGCCACUCUCUCACACUAGGAUGCUUACUUGUCUUCUUCCUGUUCUGGUUUCCCUCCCCUUUGUUCUUCCAGUUUAACUAGGGGACCCCAAGUGGUCUUCCAGGUCACGGUGAUGAACCUCUGGCCUCAGGAUUGGCCCCACAUCACCAUGCCAACAAUGCGCCACUUUCACCUCUUUCCUCAGUCCACCAUUCCACCCCACCCCCUUUUCAUGCUCAUUCCCAGAAAGGCCACCACAGCCCUGGCCUUGGGAUUCGACCCGAGAUGGGGAGUGGGAAGGGGAGGGUGGGGCUGGAGGGGCUCUGUGGUGGUGGGUUUGAGGGCUUGGAGGAGUGGGUAUGAAGGCCCAAGACACAUGAGAAGAUGUCCCCAGUCCCACCUGGUAACAGUUCUGGCAGCUAAAAGAUGACUGUAUUGAAGGUCACCCCCUCCUGACUGCAGGGGCAGAACCGUGGAUAGAUUCUCAAUGCCUUUUUGCAGUUUGGACCCACCAAAGACCUCUCCCCCUCCCACUUCAUGCUUUGGCCUGUGUCCCUGUGUCUGAGAGUGACAUUGGUGAAGCUCAUAGGCUCAUAGACCCAGAAGUGGAGAAAAGCCACAGACUGACUUCCUUACCAGCAGACACCUAGAUGGAGGCGAGCCUGUGAACUAGCCAGGUUUCUUUGGGGGUUGUCAGGAUGCGCACCUUAACUGCCUUGUAUUGUGUGUGUGUGUUAGGGGUGGGGGACACUGAGUGCGCACAUGUGCAGAAGGUGGGGCCCUUUAAGUGCCAGCCCCUGCAGAGGGAAUUUCUGAAGAGGUUUCCUGAGGGGGCUCUCAGAGGUGGGCAGGGGCGGGCAGUGGAGCCUCCCUUCUCUCUUCCUUCACAGACUUAUGAUUUUCUUAUCACCAGGGAGAAAGUCCAGAGCAGCCGGUGCCACCAGCAUCCCUGCUUCCUCCCUGUAGUCUUCCGAGACUGGGUUGGCCCUACAGGUGGGGAGAGUGGCCACUGUCAAAGACAGUCCUUCCUCAGAACAUAGCAGGCUCCAUGGAGAUGCCUUCCUGCAAAGGGAGGGAAGCUGCUCUUCCUUCCUUGGGGAAUUGAUGACCCCAGUAGUCCCCAGUGUCAAGGGUACCUAGUACCCAUUGGCUGGUGUUGGUGUGAUUGGGAACUGGGGUCUUUCCCAGGGCAACAGAGCAGAUAUGGAUGAUAAAUAGCAAGUGUCAAAAGGUAUCCUUGUCGGGUCUUUGAUGCUAACUUGCUGUGUGAUCUUGAGCAAGUUUCUUCCCCUCUCUGGACCUUAGUUCCCCACUGGAAAACCCAGGCAUUUCUGGCUUUGAAAAUUUGUGAACAUUUGAGCUUCUGGUCUGCUGCGUGGAGCCGGGCUGCUUCCUGUUCCAUCUGCCUCUAGAGGGGAUUCACUAGACCUCAGAAGCAGCGGGGCCCAGCAGAUCUCCUGGUCCACCCUCCAGGUCUAGAAGAGGCCCUUUUUGGGGUCUGGGGGUGUGUCGCCUGAUAUCAUAGCCUGUAUGAACUACUCUAUCCUAUAGCCUGGAUUUGCUGAGACUUGGAUGGGAGACUUGUGAUAGGGCCUGCAGGACUUCACAGCCCCCAGAGGAUGUGGGUGCCAUGAGGUUUACCCAGGCAGAUAUACUAGUUAGCAGGGUGAGGGGGAUUUCUCCUCAAUUUCUGCUUACUUCUGUCUUGGUCCCAUAUUUGCCUGAAAAGGGAGACAAUAUGAUCUUUUAUACAAGUUGGAUCCUAACCCUUUCCACCUCUGG